AUGAUAAAUAGAAUAUUAAUAAUAUUUUUAAUAAUAUUUAUUAUAAAUAAUAAUAAUAAUGUCAAUAGUAUAAGUGUCAGUAAUUUACAUUCAACUAAAGAUAUUGAAUUUACCAUGUACCAUAAUGAAGAUAAAGCAUUACCAUGUACAGUUGUAUUUAAACCAAAAUUAAUUCCACAUUCAACUGAAUCAAUUUCAUUCGUUGACUCUGUUAGAAAUAGAAAAGCAUUUUCAAUUAAAUGUACACAGCCAUUAUCAAAAGAAAAUAGAAACUAUUAUUUUAAAUCUGGUGAUUUAUUUAAAACUACAGUAUUUUCAGAUAGACAACCAAAUAGUUUAACAUUUUCAUCAUUACCAAAAAGCUCAUUAAAUGACUCAUCAUUACAAUAUGAAUUUUUAAAGAUUAAUUUGGAUUCUAAUAAUUUUAAUGUUUUAGCAAGCAAUUAUCAAUUAAAAAAAACAACACCAGUCGUUCCAAAUAAAAAAACAGGUGCAGUUGAUCCAAUUUAUGUUCGUAUUGAAUUCUCUGAAGAUGUUUUAAAAAUGGCAAAUGAUGAACCAAAAUUAGAAAAAGAAAAGAAAGAAGAAAAAGAAAAAGAAGAAAAUCAAUCAUUCAUUGGAAAAUAUUGGUACUACUUAUUACCAAUCUUUUUAGUCAUGCUUGUAAAUUUAAUUGCCCCACCACCACAACAACAAGGGGGUGGUGCUCAAGGUGGUGGUGCUCCAGCCAAAAGAUAA